AAAGUAACAGAAUAUUGGAAUAUUGUCUAUUGGAUUUUCUCUCGAUAUUAUUCUAUUUUAGUAUUUUUAAUAGCUGCAGCUGUUAUUCUAUUGAUUAGAAUUAAUUAAAGUUAAAACCCACAAAUUUAUUUUAAUCAUUGUGACGCUACAUAGUCCAUACUCCUUAAUCCUUAUCGAUAUUCUACAUUCCCUUUCGUCGAUCACUGCAACGUCUCCAUCACCAGAAGGCAGAGGUUCAACUGUUCAAAACUCAAGCUUUAACUAUUAAAUAACGCUGUACUUGAAACACGUUGUCACACAUUAAACUCUUCAUAUUUUUUGAUAUAACUAAGAGUUUUAUAGGUAAUAAUAAUUAACAACAUGUCUUCAAAUACUUUUCGUGUUCGUAAAUUGGCUUCUAUAAACAACGAGAACCCUGUAAAAAAUAUAAAAAAUGGUUUAGUUACAAAUCGUAAAAAAAGUGCUUUGAAGGUGUUAACAAACACAGUUCAGUCGAUAAAAAAGUCUGAUGGUAAAAGUCUUAAACAAUUAAAGGUAUUGCCCAUGAAAAAUUUUGAAACGGAAAAUAAAUGUAAAUCACCAUUACAAGACUACACUUACAAUCAAAAUGAUGAAUUUAAUCAUUUUGACUGUACAACACAGGAAAAUGAUAUUUUGCCUCCAAGUAUGACGUGUAACAUUGGCAUGCUGAGUGAAUUUUUUGGUGGAAAUAAUAAUGACACAAGUGAUUGGUUUCUUGAAGAUUACAAUAAAAUAAUGAUCAAUAAAAUCAAAAAUCAAUUUGAUAACUUUGGAGAACCAGAAAUUGAAUGCUCCUUUCCUUCAAUGCCAGUUAUGGAUUUUCCAGAAAUUAUAUUUGCUUAAUUUGUUUAACAGCAUAUUUCAAUUUUGUGUAUAUUUAUCUAAAUUUAAUGAUUUUGUUUACAUCUAUUAAUAUGAUAAAUAUUAUUAUACAAGUUAUUUUAUCCGUUAAAUGAAUAUAUGCCUAAUGAUAUAAAUGACGAAGGAAUAUUUUCUUGUACUAAAAUUUUUAAAGACUGCUUCUAUUAAAUAGAGUUACUAUGAAAUUUACUUGUUUUAACGUACCAUUUAAAUCAAUAAUUUAA